GAAUGGAGCAGAGCAGGGAGCUUGUGGCCUCCAGAUUGUAGAUUUUACUUAACAAGUACUAGCUUUUUCAAUUUUUUGGCUGCUCCUGAUUCACAAAGAACAAAGAAAUUCUCAGAAAUCUGAUUUAAUCUGAAUAUUCCACAAGGACAUGUUCAGAACAUCCUCUUCAUUGGAGUGGGUCUAUGUUGGACUUCCUUAAAUUUUAGUCAACAGACAGUUGCUAACCACUGCAGCCUGCCUUUAGUGGUCUUUGGAAGAACUGCAAUGAUUGGGACUAUUAUCAAUUUCAUGAAGGCAGGUGGGGUGCUGAUGCAGACCCUCCAACACUAUUUCCAAAGUCAUGAACUCAAUCUCCGUAAGACUGCGCAGAACUAUUUAACACCAGAUUGCUUUUCCUGUCUGACAGCUGAACUAAUGGGUUCUUGCUGCAUCACCCUGAAGCUCUCCACAUCCGCAAUGCGCGCGCGACCCAGCUGCGUAAAUCAUCUUCUUCCUCAUCACAACACAUCGGACAUGUCACAGCGAGGAAGUUGACUGUCCGCUGCUCAUCUCAGGGAGAAACUUUCUGUUAAGUUCUGAUCGGUGGAAGAACAGCGGGGAAAUGGAUCCUAAUGAUCCUGCGGAGCCUGAAAGUCCAAUUUCCAGGUUGGAGCGAAGCCUGUGGUCAACCUGGUGCUACAUCGCCGAAGCCUUGGGAAGAUUCUUCAGACCAGCUCCUGAAAAUGACAAUGGGUCAGACACCAUACGAGAUUCUGCAGCUGACAGUUCACCUUUUGAAGAGGGCACGACCGAACCACCUUCCCCAUCCCUGCAAGUCGAUUCCGGAGCAGCGUGCACAGUACAUGCAGCUCUGAGGCAUGAUGACAGCUCAGAGCUGAAAGGGAGCAAUGAGGACCAAGAGUCAAGAGAGGAAGAGUUUGACCCAACAGGAAAUGAUGAAGCAGGGCUGUGCCGCACUCAAACACAUGAAAACAAGCAGCACCAAACAGAGAUCAAGAAAUCCAGCACUGGAGGUGGAAGUGAAGUCUCCAAAACUGAUUCGGAGAAAGAGGUUGUUGGUUCAGGAAGACCUGGAGGAGUUGUAACAGGUGAGGACAUGGAGGAGUUUGAAGCCUGCGCUGAGGACAAAAGAAGAGCAGACACAAGAGGUAGUCAUCAAAAAAUGGAUGAAGCUGAAACGGAAGACCACAGAGAAGGCUUUCACACAGAAGAUGGUGAGGUAAAGAUGUGCACCUUCACAGAUAGUCCAGAAGAGGAGCACCAAAUUCUGAAAAUAGAAGCAAAAUAUGAAAACGACUUUGAGGAAAAGGAACAAGACCAAAAUGGUGAACAGUUACAGCUGAUCUCUGAGAGUAAAAACAAACCCAAUGAGAAAAGAGAAGAAAGCAAAGAUCAGCUUACCCCCAACUGGAAGUUGCUUGAAGAUGUGAAGGUUAAUGAAGCCACAGAGAACCAAGCCGUAGCUGAAGAACCAAAGAUGGAAAACAGCGACUCUGUUGCAGAGGACAGACAUCACAUCUUUGAUCAGUUUGUCACAAGCAGGCAGGAGGAUGUACAGACGACUGAAGCCGCACACAAACAAGAGGAUGUGGUGGUCACUUAUGUGCAAACCACUGCAGAGACAGAAAUUAUCCCGUCAGAAAUUUCCGUAAGUUCUAAGUCUGUCGACGGUGAUUCUGUGGAAGAGGAGCGGCUCGUCCGUGAGGUCAACAAUAAAAGCAUCGGCGAGAAAAAAGUGUCCACGGCCGCUCCAGAUAUGGUCAAACCUGAAAGCGAGACUGAGCAGGAAAUGAGCGGGGAGUUUAAAAAUAUUCCCAUGAGGAUAAUCGAAGGCCAGGGUGUUGUGCCGCAGAAGCUAAAUCCUCAAGCGUGCAAGGAAGCACAAGAGGGAGUUCCUGAACAUAACAAUGAAUUUCAGCCAGAUGAAAAUACAACACAAAGGUUCCGCGAAGGAGGAAAUUGCCAGGAAAUCCAGAUCACUCAGUUACCAGAAAAGGUGGGGAACAAAGAAGAGGAGAGCCUUAAAAACAGUCGCACGGGAGCUGACUGUUUACUGAUGGAGGUGAAGCAAGCCAGCAAUGAAAACCGUCUGGAUUUGAACGGGAAGCUGCACAGAAACCUUGGGCUAACGAGAGAAAGGGAGAAACCAAUCACCCAAACAGCAAAUCUGGAAUCAGAGCAUUUAAUAGCAACGACAGAGGCUAAAGCAGAGGAAAGCUCAAUGAAGACGGAGAAAGAACCUGUAGAUAAGGAAUUUGAGACCUACACGGGUUCAGCAGAUGAGACAGAUGAGUUGCAAGAUGGAGCCGAAUCGGCUGACUUUGGAAUAGAGGGGGUUUCGAGUGACUCCAAAGAGACUCUUGGACAUGCAUGGGAGGUAUUAGGGGGUGUAGCAACAGAUAAAAUAAAAGGGUUCACAAAUGAAGCUUUAGAAUUCCCUGAGACCGAGGUGGAGAAGAAAGACAUGAGGUUUUGUCAGGACUUUGCCUCCCAGGCUGAGAAGGACAGCAGCUUCAGUUUUCCAGAGGAAGUGACUACAAGUGAGCUCCAGAAAGAACCAGCUGAAGCUGAGCCCACAUUUUUGGAUGACAGCACUGUAGAAAUAGAGGAAAUGGAUGAAGCGCAAGCUGACGUUCAGGUUAGAAGUGAACGUCUAUGUUUGGAAGUUGAAGCAACUGGAAUUGAGACGACAGCAAACUUUGACUUGUCUCCACCCUCUGAGACACAAGAGAGUGAAAAUCAAUUCCAAGACCAAGCACUGGAGAUGAAUGAGAGAGAAAAAGCAGACACUGGAGAUGUUGAAAAGUUAAAGACGUCAGAAUCAAAGGAACUCCCUGAACUGUUAUCAGAGAAGAUCUGUGAACCAUUUAGAGGACAUCAAGAUGUGAUUGAUGAAGACAUCCUUGAUUUGUGGAUAGAGGCUGCAAUGUCAGAGGACUUUCAGGACACAGAACUUAGAAAGUCCAAGCUGGAGAAAGACAUCAUAGAUGAUCUGUUAGAGGAGGAACCGGGAGAAAAGUCUCUGAAGGAGACGGAGCAGCUCGAGGAGUCAAACUCAGGGAAAUUUGUAAGUGAAACAUCUUCUGCUGUGGAGUCUGGAACUCUGAUCGGUGGCUCACUUCAGGACGGACGUGAUAUCAGUGGAGCUUCACCAGAUUUCUCUGCACAGAACGUUGAACCUCCCGAAGGAGCAGAUCAAACGCUGCAGCUUCAUCUGGAAGUGGAGGAGGAAGAGGUCCUUAUCACCGAGCUGAGAUCUGACACUGACUCUGGAGUUUCAUCUCCAGAGGAAAAACAUCAGGAAUCGAAUACACACCAGGAAAGGAUAAUGGAAGAAUUGCCAGAUAGAAAACUUGAUAUGAAGUCAGAGGAGACAGCCUGUAGGGACAAAGAUUUUGAAUCUCUGGGAAUAUGGGAGGAUCCUUCCCAAGUUGGAGCAGAACCCAUUGAGAUGGGUUUAUCUGACUCACCAGAUGGAAUCAAACUCAGUGAGUCAGAGCAGCAGCAGGUGUGGUUAGAAGACAUCACUGAGUCUCUCCAUCAGGACACACUGGAGCAAAAUCGCACUGAGGUGGAUUGUCCUGUGUUGGACUUUGCUUCGCAAAGGUCACGAAUUGCCGUUAAAAACCCUCGCGUGAGGCCACCCAAAAAUCCUCGCUCCCUGCUGCUAAAGCCCUCCGCAGAUCCCACUCCUCCACUGAACGUGCCGGUCAAAGGGAUUCCAGGCAUGGGUAUUGGAUUUAAGCUCCCUGGACUUGGUUCAGGUUUUCCUGUCUUGAAGAAAAGACAACAAGCUGAGGAAGCUGAUGAAGACAACCAGAAAACCCACUCUCAGGAACCUGAGAAACCUGAAGAAGAGAAGAAGGAUGCAGCGCAGCAGGAUGAAGCACCACACCGGCCUAAAUGGAAACCUCCAGGACAAUUGGGAUUUGGAAAUCCCCUCAUGUCGGAGCUGAAGACUAAACUAAGGAAAACCACCUAAAAGGGAUCAUUGUUUCCUAUGCAUUAUAUGCAUAUUUGAAUGUAUUUUUGUUUGUCAAGUCUUUGUUUAUCACCUCACUCUCUCAUCUCCUGUUUGACUUUUUAAAUGUUGAUGCAAUAAAUUUUGGGAUCAGGUGUAAAUGCAAUUUUUAAGAAAGAAUUUUGUUAACUUUUGCUUCAUCGAAAAUUACAAUUUUAAUUGAAAUUUAUAAGAAAAUAUCUCUUUUUUCUCUGACAAAAAGUGUAUUUUUCUUUUGAGUUUUUGUUAUGUUAGUCUGGAAUAAAUCCUCAAACAACCU